AUGGCCUCCGGAGGAGGGGCAGGGCCAGCGAGACACUGCGCAAAUCCCGGGAUGAAGAUGGUCAGUGUCCUGCUGGUUACACUCUGGCUGUCCAUGGUCACCCUCAGCAGAGGCUCAGAACGCUGCGAUGACUGGGGUGUGGAUACCAUGAAGCAGAUCCAGAUUUAUGAUGGGGAACCUGCCAAGAUCAAAUGCCCGCUUUUUGAGACCUUCUUGAAGUACAACUAUAGCACAGCCCAUUCUGCUGGCUUAACCCUGAUCUGGUACAGGAUCGCGCAGGACCGGGAUCUGGAGGAACCCAUUAAUUAUCGUCUCCCGGACAAUCACAUCAGUAAGGAUAAAGAUACCCUUUGGUUCUGGCCUGCUCUCCUCAAUGACACUGGGAAUUAUACCUGCAUGCUCAGAAAUACAACCUACUGCAGCAAAGUUGCGUUUCCCUUGGAGGUUGUUCCGAAAGACCAGCACUCUUGUGUGAGUCAUUUGAUAAAACCCAUUGAGGAGAUGUUCUACUUGGAGCACACCAAUCAGAAGAUCAUAUGUCCAGAUAUUGAUGGGUUUUACCCUGCCAGUGUAACACCAACUGUCAAGUGGUACUUGAACUGCAACUUGGUGGAUGGCUUCUCUGAGCGAUAUCCCCAAGGGCCCAGGCUUGUCAUCGUCAUUGUCCGCAGUGCAUAUAAAGGGAAUUACACUUGUAUUGUGACGUUCAAGGACCAUGGAAGAACAUAUAAUCUCACCAGAACCAUAACGAUGAAGGUGGUGGGAUCUCCAAACAGGGCCUUACCACCACAGUUCAUCUCUCCAAAUGAGAAAGUUGUGUACGAACUGGAAGCAGGAGAUGACCUUGUCCUGCCCUGUGAGGUUUUCUUCACCUUCCUGAAGGACUCCCGGACUGAGGUGUGGUGGACCAUAGAUGGAAAAAACACAGAUGACAUCACAGACCCCAAGAUGAAAGUCACACAAAGUGAAAUUACUAGAGAUUUUGAUGACAAAACUGUCAUAAGGACUCUAACAGUUGCAAAGGCCACACCAGAGGAGUUAAAACGGAAUUAUACUUGCUAUGCCAGGAACGCCAAAGGCGAGGACCACAGCCAGGCCAUAGUGCACAUGAAAGUUGUAGCACCGAAGUACACCGUGGAGCUGGCCUGUGGGCUGGGGGCAACCAUCCUGCUCGUUGUGGUGCUGAUUGUCAUCUAUCACGUGUAUUGGCUUGAAAUGGUCCUCUUCUAUCGGGCUCAUUUUGGAACAGAUGAAACCAUUCUAGACGGGAAGGAGUAUGAUGUGUACGUGUCCUACGCGCGCAACGCGGAGGAGGAGGAAUUUGUGCUGCUGACACUGCGGGGAGUCUUGGAGAAUGAGUUUGGGUACAAGCUGUGUAUCUUCGACAGAGACAGCCUCCCUGGGGGAAUUGUCACAGACGAAACCCUGAGCUUCAUCCAGAAAAGCCGACGUCUGCUUGUUGUCCUGAGUCCCAACUACGUCUUGCAGGGGACACAGGCCCUGCUGGAGCUCAAAGCUGGUCUAGAGAAUAUGGCCUCCAAGGGCAACAUCAAAGUCAUUCUAGUGCAGUACAAAGCCAUCAAGAAGAGCAAAGUGAAGGAGCUGAAGCGGGCCCAGGCGGCCUUGACUGUCAUUAAAUGGAAAGGCGAGAAAUCCAAGUACCCAAAGGGCAGGUUCUGGAAGCAGCUGCAGGUGGAAAUUCCAGUGAAAAAAAUUAGGAGGAGUUUGAGCCUUGAUGGGUUGACACAUAUCCCUGAAAAAUGUUUGACACCACCAGAAAACAAACCAAAACAAACCCACAAGUUGUACCAGGGAGUGGGAAGGAGCUCAGGGUUUUUUCCAUGAAGGACCAUGUCCCAACCUUUUAGGAAGAUUGUCAUGUUUUCCCUGCAGUUUUGUAUUGCUCUGGCAGUAGAGGGACCAAAGAUGUAAACACCUCCUCUCUGCAAAUGUAUUCUUGUUAUCAACCGCAUGAGCCCUGGGCUUAAGGUCUAAAUUUGAGCUAUACAGGUGUGAUGCAUCCAGCACCUUGUGAUGGUGUGGUAUUUGUAUAGGCCAGUACUCCUAGAUCCAGUUCCUAUGGGACCUUCAUUAGCAUCCUGGACAGAGCUCCUUUCCUCUCCUAAGUGACUUCACUCCUUUGUGUUCCUUGGUAUCUGUUACAGAGGCCAAGGAACAGUUUGAAAGGUGGCUCCAGCCCUGUAGUCUGAAUCACUGUGGGGUCACAGAAUUCUGCUUCAGUGGGGGGAGCAUAGACUCUUGAGGCUCCUUAUCUUUGCUUCCCACAUUUCUGUUGAAGGUGCAUUCAGAUAGUUUGGCAAUGGGAAAUGGCUUUUACAAAACAUUAAACCCCCCUCCCACAACACUCUGCUAGGUGAUAUUUGUAUUGUAGCACUUCUAGUAACGAGUGGUCAGUCUCUGGGACUCUGUGGUCUCAUGAGUACACCAGAUCAUUCAGAGCUGUAAUGCUUGUAAUCCAGGGGAAAUCUCUCAUUAGUACAGGCCAUGGAGCAUAUCUGAGAGAUGUUUCUUGUAAACUCAGGGACUUCACAAGCACUACAAGGAACCCCAGUGUACUACUGAACCUGCCUACUGCCUCUGCCAAUGGCUGGGGGACAGCAUCAUGCAAGGUACUGCCAAGGCCUCUGGGAUGACGCUGGAUAUAUAUCCGACUCACCAGGAGGCCCUACAAACUUAUUUGAACUUACUAAAAGCUACUAGCUCUGUCCAGCUGGGUAAGACUAUGAGGACAGGCUUAGAGAGCUGGGAUUGUUCAGCCUGGAGAAGAGAAGGCUUCAGGGAGACCUUAUUGUGGCCUUUCAAUACUUAAAGGGGGCUUAUAAGAAAAAGAGGGACAGACUUUUUAGUAGGGCCUGGUGCAACAGGACAGGGGGUAACGGUUUUAAACUAAAAGGGGGUAGAUUCAGACCAUGUUUAAGGAAGACAUUUUCUACGACGAGGGUGGUAAAAUGCUGGUGCAGGUUGACCAGGGAGGUGCUGGAUGCCCCGUUCCUGGAAAGAGUCACGGUCAGGUUGGACAGGGCUAUGAGCAACCUGAUCGAGUUGAAGAUGUCCCUGCUUAUUGCAGGGGGAUUGGACUAGAUGGCCUUUAAAGGUCCUUUCCAACCCAAAAUAUUCUAUGAUUCUGUGAAAAAUCUGUCUUCUGUGCCUGUUUGUGAACACCAUCACCAUUCCUAAUUCAGGGCUCAGGUUUAAACUAGCCUUGGCUUUACAAAGCAAGUCUCCCCCUGUCUUGUUUCCAGCCUGGAGUUGCAGAACAGAGGAUGUAUCUCAGGUUCUGUAACCUUUGCACAAAAUGGAAACACAAAAAACCACUGUGUACCAGUCCUUGCUUCAGUGGGAGGCAGCAGGAGAGGACCUGGUGAGCUAACCCCUAGCACACAGGCUUUUAAGACAGAAGAGGGGAGUGUCCCUUUCCAAAGCACAGUGGGACCCUGGCAUUGACUGGUGCUAUGGCUCACAAUGUUUUUAAAUAAAACUGCAAACUGGGGGUGUCUUCAUACUCCUGUAGCUCCCAGUGCAAGGACCUGCCCACUUUCAGUAUUAUGCACACCAAAUGCAUGCUUAUUUUUUAUUGAUAAUUGUUGCUGCUGAGUCACCUUUGACUCAUGUAUUCACUCUGGUGUUCAGGGGGUGAAGCACAUGCAUUCAUAAUGGCAUUAAAAAACACUACAAUUUGGUGUCUAUGCACUACUCACCCAGCUGAGGAGGUUUAAGGGCAUCCCAGUAAAAAGCCCAGCCUUAAAGAUGUGGGACUGAAUCCUGGCAUCAGGGAAACCCCUUGCCCUUAGCAUUUUAUGAUUAAUAAUGUUAUUCCAGGGCUGCGGGGAGCUCUGCCCUUGGUCAGGUACUGUAUGCCAUGGUUUAGGAAUGGUAUUUCCCAAUUUAAUGCUACCACUGGAACCAUGUGCCACUUACUCCUCUCCCCUUCCCCUCCUCCUCCCCCUGCA